UGUUGCGCUUCUUCCGUGUCUAACUUGUUGCUGUUGUACUUGUCAUUCAGACAUCCCAGGAAUUCAACACGACUAGGAACAAGCCAGCUCGGCACAACGAGGACAUUUUAAGUUAAAAACACUUCAUUGUCGCCGAGAAAGGUCAAGGAAAUAUAUCGUUUGUUGUCAAAAUAGGAAAAGUGUCGAAGACCGCGGCAGCUACAGAUACUGCAGCAUGCAGAUGUGAGGUCAGACAUCAGAGACACCUGCUACCCUUUGCUGCAGCCCUGGACUGAGUGACAUCUUCAUCCCCUUCAUCGUCAUCAUACAUGCUCUUACAUGAAGAGAGGGGAGAAACCCGAAGGAUACAGACAGAUGAGACCCAAAACGUUCCCCACCAGUAACUAUAGCGGCAACAGCCAACAAAUGCUGCAGGAAAUACGGAACAGCCUACGCAACUUAUCCAAACCCUCUGACCCACCUAAAGUGGACAUUGGUGGAGCUGGAAAAAUGCUUCCUGAGGACCCAAGGCAACAGGGGCGCUGCAGCAACCCCAAAAACCCCUACCAUAAGGCCUUACAGGAGAUCCGCAAAUCCCUGAUGCCUUUUGCCAAUGAACCCAGUACUUCAGGCCCCAAGGAGAACAAACACGUGUCGCAGGAACCCCCUUGUGUUGGGUUUGAGAAGAGCAACAAUCACAGUAUGGGGGCAGUUAUAGACUUCUUGGGUAAGGUGAGCUACCAGGACUCGAUGAGGGAACAGAUGGCUGUUGCCAACCCCAACGCUACAGGUCUGAAAGCCCCAGGAUCUUCUCAUAUCCAGCAGGCUGUGCUGAGGAGGCCGAGCUGGAAAGGCUCUAAGGAGUCUUUGGCUCCUCGACACGGUCCUCUCAUGGUGGAUGGAAUGAUGUACCGCUCAGACAGCCCCGGACCACCUCCUGCCUUCCCACAGGGUCACCCUAACAGCCAGAGAGUCAAUCCUCCACUGCCGCCUCAGGUGCGCAGUGUCACACCUCCACCAAACCGCGGUGCCAUGCCUCCUGCACCGUCUUGGGACAGCAACCCAUCAACCAAGCGCUACUCUGGCAACAUGGAUUACCUUGUGCCCCGCAUCUCUCCAGUACCCCAGGGGGCCUGGCCUGAUGGGUACCAAGCAGCAGCGCCUCAGAAUCAGCGUGGGAUCAGCCCUGUGCCUGUGGGCCACCAGCCCAUCAUAAUGCAAAGCUCUGGGGGGAAUAAGUUCACCUUCCCCUCCAGCUGGUCUCAGAAUGGCUCACCUCAGCCAGACUAUAUGGCUGGGGGCAGCAGGCAACCUCCUCCCCCAUACCCAGUUAAUCAGAGCAGCCGGCACAGUCCCACUGACCAGCUGAUGCAGGCAGGAGGACCUGCAUCAUCACCCUCUUACGUCAACGGUGGAAACAUCCCUCAGUCCAUGAUGGUUCCCAACCGGAACAGUCACAACCUUGACAUGUACAACAUAGGUCCUCCUCAGUCCUGGUCCCAGGCUCCUAUGGCCCCCAACCAGCCCCAGUCUUCCCCAGGCAACAGCAGCAACCAGGAUCUGUCCCCAUCAUGGCAGCACAACAUGCCAGUCCGCUCUAAUUCCUUCAACAACCACCAGCUGAACGGCAGAUCGGUCCACACAGCCAGCUCCCAGCCCUCUGCCACCACGGUCACUGCCAUCACCCAGGCUCCCAUCCUGCAGCCAGUCAAAAGCAUGCGUGUCCAGAAACCUGAGUUGCACACUGCUGUCGCUCCCACACACCCCCCAUGGAUGCAGCAGGCUCCGCCGCCUCCAGCUGCACCAGCUUACCCAGAACCCUCAGCCCCUGUACCUCAGAUCCCUGUUGUAGCAGAAGUCCCCAGCUACCAGGGCCCCCCUCCGCCCUAUCCUAAGCAUCUCCUCCAGCAGCAGGCUGCACCCUGCCCCCCUGCCUACGAUCCAGGGGCCAAUAAGCUCGGCACAGGCAAAGAGGAGCCCGCUGAAGAGGAGAGCAACGGCGGUGAUAGCUCCCGAGACAAGACGACGGAAAGUCCAGAAAGCACCGCAACGACAGAGAAAGAGAAAAAGCAAAUCACGACAUCACCUGUUCCUGUCCGCCGUAACAAGAAAGACGAAGAGCGGAGAGGGGAGUCUGGAAGAAUUGCACUGUACUCCCCCCAGGCCUUUAAGUUCUUCAUGGAGCAACAUGUGGAGAAUAUCCUGAAGAACCAUCAGCAGAGGAUUCGGAGGAGGAAGCAGCUGGAAAGUGAGAUGCAACGGGUGGGUUUGUCUUCAGAAGCUCAGGAGCAGAUGCGCAUGAUGCUCUGCCAGAAAGAGUCCAACUACAUUCGGCUAAAGCGGGCCAAGAUGGAUAAAUCCAUGUUCAAACGAAUCAAGACCCUCGGCAUAGGAGCCUUCGGUGAGGUGUGCUUGGCCAGAAAAGAGGACACAGCAGCGCUGUACGCCAUGAAAACGCUCCGUAAGAAGGAUGUGCUGCUGAGAAACCAGGUGGCCCACGUGAAGGCUGAGAGGGACAUCCUGGCUGAGGCCGACAAUGAAUGGGUGGUACGUCUCUACUACUCUUUCCAAGACAAGGACAACCUGUACUUUGUCAUGGAGUACAUCCCUGGAGGGGACAUGAUGAGCCUUCUCAUCCGGCUCGGCAUCUUCAAAGAAGAGCUGGCCCAGUUCUAUAUCGCAGAGCUCACCUGUGCUGUGGAGAGCGUCCACAAGAUGGGCUUCAUCCACCGAGACAUCAAGCCUGAUAACAUCCUCAUCGACCGAGACGGACACAUAAAGCUGACCGACUUCGGCCUUUGCACUGGCUUCCGCUGGACGCAUGACUCCAAGUAUUACCAGAGUGGUGACCAUGUGAGGCAGGACAGCAUGGACUUCAGUAAGGAGUGGGAAGACCCAGCCAACUGCCGCUGUUCAGAUCGCCUGAAGCCUCUGGAGAGGAGAAAGGCCCGGCAGCACCAGCGCUGUUUGGCACAUUCACUGGUGGGGACGCCCAACUAUAUAGCACCAGAAGUGCUGCUCCGAACAGGAUACACCCAGCUCUGUGAUUGGUGGAGUGUUGGUGUGAUCUUGUAUGAAAUGGUUGUUGGACAGCCUCCCUUCUUAGCGACCACGCCCCUGGAGACACAGCUGAAGGUGAUAAACUGGAAGAACAUGCUGCACAUUCCCCCGCCAGCCAAGCUCAGCCCAGAGGCGUCAGAUCUCAUAGUUAAAUUGUGCCGCGGGCCCGAGGACCGCCUCGGCAAGAACGGCGCGGACGAAAUCAAAGCUCAUCCUUUCUUCAAGACCAUCGACUUCUCCAGCGACCAGCGGCAGCAGGUGGCGCCCUACAUCCCCACCAUCGCUCACUCCACAGACACCUCCAACUUUGACCCCGUGGACCCGGAUAAACUGUGGAGCAGCAGCAGCGAUGGCGAGAACAACCACAACGACACCCUCAACGGCUGGUUCCGCAAUGGCAAACACCCCGAACACGCCUUCUACGAGUUCACCUUCCGCCGCUUCUUCGACGACAACGGCCACCCGUACAGCUGCCCCAAACCCAUCGAGUAUGAGGGUUAUAACGAGGACGAGGCGGACUCAGAGGGCCCGGCGCAGGAGGCAGCCAGUAGCUCAGCGACUCAGGGCCGAGACCUGGUCUACGUGUAGCGUCUGAGGCCAGUUGAGCUGCUUGUACAUAACGAGUUUGUGGAGGGUGUUUGUGUGUGUGUGUGUGUGUUUGUGUGAAGGGGAUUGCAACGGUACAGCAUUUAAAUCCUUGAACAUAGGAAAGUAUGUUUUUAGGAGCAGUCAGAACACUCUGCAGCACACGGUCACAUUAACAGACUUUGAUUUCCAAACCACAAGUUCACACUACAAGUUAAAGGAAGAGUUAGGCAUUUUGGGGAAACAUACUUAUUCACUUUCUUGCCGAGAGUUAGAUGAGAAGAUCAAUACCACUCGCAUAUUUGUACAGUAAGUAUGAAGCUACCGCCCGGUUAGCUUAGCUUAGCAAAAAUACUGGAAACGGGGGGAAACUGCUAGCCUGUGUUAGUCCAAAGGUAACAAUCUGCCUACCAGCACCUCUAAGAUUCACUAAUUAACAAGUAGUAUUUCGUUUGCAAGCAGCUGCCAGAAAUCCGAGCGGAGGAGGAUUUGUUACCUUAUUUGGACACCACUAGGCAGUAAGACAAGACAUAAAAGAAACACACUGUACAGUGUUUGAAAGCACAAUGCCUCUUUAUUCUGUCUGUGUAAACCAAUUUAAAAUCCUAAUAGCACUGCGACAACAGCUGCUUAUUUAGUAACAGGAGUGCAAACAAAACAGUACAGUAAAACAACAAAUCAAUAACAAAAACAAGGGACGAAGAAACCUUGACAUUUUUACCAUGUUUCUGUCGCUGUACAUUUGGUUUGGUGAGACCAGGAUCGGGACUAAUCAAAGGGUUGUGUUUCAGGGUUAUGCACAGAAAAGGGGUUAAACGAUGCAGUGACUUCCUGGAGUCUCUGGUGGUUGCCUGGCAACCUCACGGUAAUGACAAGACACCUGGAAGUCUGUUCCCAAUCGAGAAAUAGUCGAAAACAUGACUCCCCAUGAAACCAUGUGUCGUUUUUACACUUUGGUUUUUGUACGGAUCAAACAAACAAGAUAUAUCUCAAGGUGGUGGUAGGUAGAUUUUGUUACCUUCGGACAGAUCUAGGCUAGCUGUUUGCCCCUGUUUCCUGUCUUUGUGCUAAGCUAAGCUAACAGGCUUUGGCUCCAGCUUCAUAUUUACCGUACAGACAUGGGAGUGAUAUUGAUCUGCUCAUCUAACUCUUGGCAAAAGCAAAUAAGUGUGUUUUCCCAAAAUGUUGAACUAUUCCUUUAAUGUUUGAAAGGUACACCGUAUCAUGUGUGCUGCCUGAAAAGCUUCAAAGGACCAGAAAGCAGAAAAAAAUCAGGGUGCUGUCUUUGACAACUUAUCGCAAACCUACUUAAAGCCUUAAUUUAUUUAAGAAAAUUGUAACUGGUGAUGCUAGUGUAGAUGCUGUUUGAGUGUGGGAAUUCUUGUUGUUGGAAUUACAUUUAUUGGUUAAAAAAAAAAUUUGUCUUAAUUUAUAUUUUAAUGUCUGUUGCAAUGGGGAUUUAGUGUUGUGACUCUUAGAAAUUUGCAGGGAUAAGUUGCUCUAAUUAUUCAUUGCUGUGCCUUUUUGAUCUUUUGUUGUUGUUGUAUCUUUCACCAAAUAUAAAGAGGGUUAAUAAUCAGACUGGCAUUUUAAAAUGAGAGUAGCAGUAGCUGAUUGAACUACACUAGUUUUUUUGUUGUUUUAUUUUUCUAAUUUAUACCUAAAAUGUAUUUAUAAAUUAAGUUGUAUACAGUUGAUGUAAAUAUUUUUCUCUUCCCUGUCAGCUGAUUUAGGUAUUUUUUCCUUAGGGCAGGCCCUCGUCAGUGUCCGCUGCUGCUGCCUUCUGUCAAUAUGUUGUGUGCUUUUGUCUCUCCUACACCCAAAAUACCUACAACACUAAUUCACAGGACUCUGAAUAGAUUGAACUCUUUUUGCAUAACUGAACUUAUUUCAUCGCCAUUCAGACUUCAUGCUCGUCUCUCAACCAAAGCACUAAAUAGGUGGGUUUUGACCUUUUUUGUUUGCAAUAACCCACAUUUAGAAAAUAACGAUCACAAAACCAUGAAAUUAGUUUUUAUGGCGUUACAACACUAUCAAGCAGAAAUGCCUUGCUUUUAGGCACCUAACCACUUCAUCCUAUAGUAUUCUUUGUGUCCAAGGAUCUGUGAGAUGCUUGAAAGCUUAAAACCCAGUUCCUUCAAAGUCAUUUUCUUAAUUCCUGUCUUUGAGAAACACUACAGCUGUCAUGUGUUGAGUUUUUCGUGCCUCUGUACUGAUUUUAAAAAAGAAAAACUGGAUUGUUGGACUGACGGUGGAGAGAACUGCUCUCCAUCACGUAUCAUGAUGAUUUUGUAACCCGCUGUACUUUUCUUUGUGUUUAGGAAAAGAUCUCUGAAUGUAGUUAUGGACUUAAUGGUGACCACUGGCAUUCUGCACUGGUUCUGUGUUUUCAUUGUAAGUGAGAGAAUUUUAUUUUUGUGUACAUUAUUGCUCUGGGUGGUUGGGUACAGGGAAGAGGGUGAUAAAUAAAGAAUGUAAAGCACAUGCACACCAAACGUGUUACGUUAUUAAAAGUAGAUUAUUAAGUACAAACAGACUACUGGACUGGCGAUUUAAUUUAGGGCUCCCGACUAAAUGAUUUGAUAACAUGGUCUAUAAAAUGUCAGAAAAUACAGAAAAAUGUUCAUCACAAUUUACUGAAGCCCAAGGUGACGUCUUUGAAUGUUUUGUCUGACCAACAGUCCAAAACCCAAAGAUAUUCAGUUUACUGUCAUUUAAGACGAAGAAAAGCAGCAAAACCUCACAAUUGAAAAGCUGGAACUGGGCAAUGUUAUGCAUUUUUACUUGAAAGAAUACUUCGACUAACGGUUUCAGCCCUAAACUAGAUGAAGAUCUUGAGUUUCCUCCUGGCUUCUGUAAGGGUAAAACGUUAAGUAACACUAAAUAUCUAUAAUAAGAGCAGUGAUUCCAUACUUUGGAGCUGAAGUGUUUGAAACCUAAAACUUGAGCAAAAGAAGCCUAUUUCUAAACAUUUAGAAAAUUAGACACAGAGUAAUGUACACUUAUUAAAUUGAAAUAUUUCCAACAGCUACAGUGGUGUGCAAAAGUGAUUUCCUGAUUUCUUUUUUUUUUUUGCAUAUUUGUCACACUUUAAUGUUUCAGAUCAUCAAACAAAUUUAAAUAUUUGCCAAAGAUAACACAAGUAAACACAAAAGGCAGUUUUUAAAUGAAGGUUGUUAUUAUUAAGGGAAAACAAAAUCCAAACCUACAUGACCCUGUGUGAAAACGUGAUUGCCCCCUAAACCUAAUAACUGGUUGGGCCACCCUUAGCAGCAAAAACUUCAAUCAAGCGUUUGCAAUAACUUGCAAUGAGUCUUUUACAGCUGUGGAGGAAUUCUGGCCCACUCAUCUUUGCAGAAUUGUUGUAAUUCAGCCACAUUGGAGGGUUUUCGAGCAUGAACUGCCUUUUUAAGGUCAUGCCGCAGCAUCUGGAUAGGAUUCAGGUCAGGACUUUGUCUAGGCCACUCCAAAGUCUUCAUUUUGUUCUGUUGCUAUAUCAGCAUGUUGAGAAGCUUUGGUAUUAAAUGAGCUCACAUGCAGAGAUACCCACGUUGUUACAGGGACAUUUCUAGACUUAGUUGACCUUUAAAUAUGCCCAAAAUAAAUUUCCACUAAAUAUUUACAAGAUAAGUUUUGCGGAUGUUCCAUUUGAAAAAGGGAUAUUUAUUAAAGGGCUUCCUAUAUUGCCUUAUAAAAACAAACACAUCAACCUUUGGUAAUCAGUUAUUGGUCAGCUUUUGGGUAAAACCCAAUAGAGAGUUUGCAACUUCCUGGGUAGUUCAAACAUCUGCGGUAAUAGAUAAAGUUUCCAUAAAGAUAGAAGCUUGUGCUCAACAUGAAAACUACUGUGAAAAGGAAAUAACUGGCCUAAUAUAGAUACAUUUUGACAGCACAGUUUAGUCCGUCAGGAAAAAGAAAGGGAGGCGGGUGGUGAUGAUUUUAAGGCUGCAGCCACCUGAGGGCGCCACACAAAGCAAUAGAGCCCUAUGAUGGGCACCACUACACCCUCCAGUGUCCCAACUCUAAAGGCCCUACUGUAUACUACAAAGAUGUGUAUGCACUAACGCUGACAGUGCACUAUUUUGAGAGCUGAUAGAUAAAUUAAUGUACUUUAGUGUUCUGUAACAACACUAAAUGAAGGCGUGUGCCACUACUUGCAAAUGUGAAAACUUUUUUUUUUAAUAAAUAGCAAGCAGACAUUUUCUGAAGAUUUAUUAUCUACAUUUUUUUUUCCUCCAGCCUGAGUAGCUCCUUUAUUUCUGCUGUAAACUGCAACAGUGGAACUCAAGUAUCCAACACCACAAUCCAAAAAUCUGCAUGCUGGCAUUUUUGAGGAAUUAAUUUGACAUUUUUCUAAUAAAGUACACCGUCAAAGCACAGAACUGUAGUGUGCGACUGGGAUUCAGGAAGACGGAUCAUUUUUGAGAUAUUUUCAUACAUAUACAUUUUCCUGCGGCAGAAUGUAUUGGUUUUCCAGUUGAGUUUUGUCUAGACAGUACUGCACAGUCCCAUGGUUUUGUUUUUAAAUCGCUGUAUAAUUCUACUUGUAGAUUAACCCAUUUUUCCCCUCAUAGUUUACCUUACACCAGGUGUCAAUCUGUCCCCAAAGCAAUGCAAAUGUUUUUUAAUUUCCCACCUGAAAAACCUGUCUGCUUUAAAUAAGAGCAAAGACGGUACAAAUAUGACAUUCAAAUAAGUUUGAAAAUUCAUCUGUUAAGUUCAUCUCACUGACAGUAACGGGAGACAAUUAAGACUUUUUUUUUCCUCCAUCUGAAAAUAUUUUUAAUACUGGUAUCUCAGCACGGUGGCAGAGCGGCUAAAGCUCCUGCCUCCCAAUAAGGAGAUCGUGGGUUUGUGGGAUCGAUUCCCGGACCAGACCAACAUCACACAAUCUCUCUGGGUGGAGUCUGCAUGUCCUCCCCGUGUUACCGUGGGUUCUCUCCGGGUUCUCCGGCUUCCUCCCACCGUCCAAAGACAUGCAUGUGUAGGUUAAUUGAUAACUCUAAAAUUGCCCGUAUUGAAUGAAUGUGAGAGUGAAUGGGGUUGUCUGUCCUUGUCUGUGUCUGUGUUAGCCCUGCGACGAGUUGGCCACUGUCCAGGGUGUACCCUGCCUAAGGCCCAAAGUCACUGGGAUAGGCUCCAGUCACCCGCGACCCCUAACGGGACCAAGCGGUAGAAAAUGGAUGGAUGGUAUCUCAGCAGUCCACGGCGCUGCCCCUAAUGGCGUAAAGUGACUUAAUAACUUGCAGUUUCUCACAUUCCACCAACUAAUACUGAAUUUGACUUCAGUGCCAAAAUUAGCUGAGAAAUGUAUUCACAUGGUUUGGCACAAAUAACGUUGCUAGCUGCUGGGACUACCUUCAUUUUCCCCCCGGUUUUGCCUCGCAGGAUGCCUUAAAUGGGUCGUGAUGUAAGUAAAUGAGAGACCUAACAAAUAUUUGCUAGUGUGGCCGAACUCUUACUAAAGAUUAAGGACUAAUCUGAAAUAAAGAGGCUCCACCAUCUUCCAACGUGCUCUGAAAUAGAGUCAAGACCAGGAGAGAGAGAGUUAUUAAGCCAAGCACUGGAGUCGAGGUUUUGGUGUUCAUACCAAGUAGGAAACUUUGAUUUUAAAAUCUGUCACCCCUUUUUAGCUUGACAACCUCCUCUUCAGGUCACAAACUUCCCAAAUCUUGCUUAUUAGAAGUGGAGACAUGAAACUACACACAGCACAUCAUUGAGGACAAACAAGUUAACUUAAACAAGCUUAUUUUUAAUGGAUCUGCAAAACUGUUUGAAUUUCCAAAGAGAACUUCUGUACCUCCCGCCCACAGUUACCCAGUGGCAAACGUUACACAACGUUACAGAAACGCUUCCAACCCAAAGAAAUCUGCAUGCAGGAAAAAAAAUAAAAUUAAAAAAAUGAAUUCAACCCAAAAAGGGAAAAUGAAAUCAAACAAAUAAAAGUCAAAUAAAUCAUACAGAUAAAAAUAAAACAUUAAUAAACAGGACAUACUGUAUAAUGCCGUUCUCUUGGCUGGAGGAGAAAUUCAAACGCGUCCGCUUCGGUUCGGCUUCCUCCUGUUGGGAGCCUGAACCCACAGAUUAUUAAACUGUAAUUUCAUUGGGUGGAUGUGGCUCCGCCCACCACACAGCCCCGCCCCUGUCUUCCAUAUAAGGCACAGGACAAAAUAAACCCCCACAUACAAAAGGAGCUAGCCACGCCUCUGUCACUUGGUAACAAAUUGUAUAUGACCAAAUACGGUUAGACAACAGAAACCCCACUAAGUGUACAAAAUGUUAAUCCUACAUUUGUCUUUUUUGUUUGAUUUUCUUUUCUUUUGAUUUCCUUUGACUGAAGGUGAGUGCUGUUGGGGGGGUUAAGGGUGAGUAUUAAAAAUAUGAGCUUGUCUUUUCACUUUUUUUUCCUUUUUUUUUUUUACAACUUUUAAAA